GUCCGGGGCGGGGUCUGCUUCGUGAUCUAUAACUGCAGGGUGCCACGCGGGAAGGUUUAACCUCUUUCAGUGUGUGGAGCGGCGUUGGUCCAGCCGUCGUCCUUUCAACCGUCUUCAAGCCAUCAGCCUUUCUGUUAGUCAAGAUGAGUGAUAAGCCAGAUUUGUCUGAAGUGGAGAAGUUCGACAGAUCAAAAUUGAGGAAAACUAAUACUAAAGAAAAAAAUACUCUUCCCUCAAAGGAAACUAUCCAGCAGGAGAAAGAGUGUGUUCAAACUUCGGAAGAUGGGAAUCUCCUCCCAAGAGCAGUUUUCAGCAAUGCUUGAGUGUCAUGGUUUUGGGCUUGUUUUUUGUUUUUUGUUUGUAAACCUAUGAGCUUGUAGAGGUUUUAGGCACCUUCUGAUACUUCACACUCAUACUCCCUGGCUAAGAUGUCAGGAGUAGCCAAUGUUCCCUUAUAUUCAUUUUUAAACUUCCAUUGGUGCAUAAACUCCAGCUGGCAAAUGUCCAUAAUCUCACCAUUGAUGACCUUUGUGUGUAAAGUCCUUCUACCCAC